CACUGCGCGCAUGCGCAGCCCCGCAGCCAUCAGCCGUGCGCCAUGGCGGGCGCGCUGGGUGGGAUGUUUGCUAAUCAACCGCCGGGACCGCCGCCACCAGGACCCCCCGGCGGGCCCGGCCCGGCCGGCCUCAUCCCGCCUCCCACGGGGCCCCGCAAUCCCAACAACACGCUGGUGGACGAGCUGGAAGCGUCCUUCGAGGCCUGCUUCGCAUCGCUGGUCAGCCAGGACUACGUGAACGGCACCGACCAGGAGGAGAUCCGCACCGGUGUUGAUCAGUGCAUCCAGAAGUUUCUGGAUGUCGCAAGGCAAACGGAAUGCUUCUUUCUACAGAAGAGACUGCAGCUGUCGGUCCAGAAACCAGAACAAGUAAUUAAGGAGGAUGUUUCAGAGUUAAGAAAUGAAUUACAAAGAAAAGAAGCAUUAAUUCAGAAGCAUUUGAGUAAACUGCGACACUGGCAGCAAGUCCUGGAAGAUAUCAGCGUACAACACAAAAAGCCUGCAGAAAUGCCCCAGGGUCCAUUAGCAUACCUGGAACAGGCGUCUGCUAAUAUUCCUGCUCCAAUGAAGCAAACAUGAAUUUACACAGCUAAAUCUAAGGCAUCGUCUUUUAACUUCAUGCGCUUUUUGUAUAAUGUAAUUUGUACUACAGGUAUAAAGAGUUAAGAUAGAAUUAAGUUAAAUAAAUACUCUUUUUUGGAGGAAAAAAAACACUGGUUUUAUAUUUAAAUUGAAAGUAUAUGGAGCUCCUGUUCAGAAUGGAUUUCUGGUAGAAGUGUGCUUUCUACAAUAUAUCCUGUUCCUUCUGGAAAGGAUGGCAGGAUGGCCCUAGCUUUCCCAAUUGUAUCUUGCUACUAUGGUGCAAAUACACGCAAAGGUUCUUAUUAGGAUGGAUGGAUGCCUCUCUGCAAGUGCUAAAUCUCUUCAUGUAGCUGUGGAGUAAAAUGGGAUUCAGAUCCUUCAGCACUUGGAGAUGAGCUGUCCAAUCUACAACACUAGGUUGCUAGUUGGACAAUUCCCUCCCCCUGUUGAGGAAUUACCUGAAUGUUAUUUUAUUUACAGGUGCUAUUUUUUGUGAAUAGCACCAUUUUCUCCCAGCAAUAAGUUGCUUAGUAUGGUUUGAUAAAUUCACUCAUUCACCCACUGGGCAUUUUGGUGGGCGUCAGAACAAUAUGGGGACAGUGGAUGCAGUUCCCAUCAAUCUGGAACUCAAAUGCAUCAGUCCAACUCACAGUUCAGCAUAACAGCACUACUUUGCAAGCCAUGAAAGUUGGUCACUAGCAAGCAAGUUUUAAUGUUCAUACUUACAUACCACCCUGAUUCAUCAGGCUGAUGGAUUGUUACACGUGUUGAAGUGUACCAGGAACAUUACAUGACAAUACUAUACAAAACAGUUCAUUAAGCAAAGCAGAAAAGAUUUGUAAACCAGCUUGCUGUAAGCUUGCUAUUCUUAGCUGUGGAUCACAUGCUGCUCAGCAUAAAACAGCUUCAACAAAAAACCAGUUUAAAACAAAAUCACAUUAGUAUGCAGAAAAACAGCUGAUGAAGCAGGCAUAUAAACCCAGAGAAAUCACUUACUAGUAAGUAAUACCUUCAGCUGGAGCCUGUAACAGGACAUUAGAGGACAAACUGCAUAUUUAAUGUGAUAGUGGAAUGGUACGUUCUCUUGAGUAAAAAGCCAUUUCACAUAGCAGUAUUAAGAAUUUUGCUUUUUCUUCAUUUUUUUUACAGAGAUUAUUAAAAAAAAAAUAAAAAUGCAUUUUGCUGAAAUCCAUGCCUGUAAUUCCAUUAUAAUUAGAUGUAAGAAAGUGCUGUUGUUCCUAACUAACCUAAUAAUAUCCUUAGAAAUUAUUUCAGUACUUUUUGUUGUAAAACUUAUUAGAUCAACAUUCCCUAACAGAAAACAAACAGGUAAAUCUGAGGAGUAUGUAAACUAUAUGCUUUAAAAUGAAAAGUAUUUAGUAAACCAUUCUUGAUGCUCAGGGUCUUGUAUUUGGUCAUCUUUGGUUUGUGGUGCUUCAUUGCCAUGUGUCCUGUGCAAACAAAUAAACAGUAGAAUUGCUUACAAUCUUACCAAUA